CAGUCCUGGUUUUGAGAUUUUCCAGCCGCUCGGAUGAGCUGAUCUCCUCUUCCUUUGUGUUUGAACGUUUGUUUUUUGAAAUUUGUCAUUUAUGGGACCGGGGGCGGCGGAGAGAAACGCGUCUGUCUGCCACAGCUCACUCAUGUCUGCGGGACAAGGACCAGACUUGUCCGGUGAUGAGGUGUUCGUGAGCCGGUUCCCCAUCCAUCGCGCCUGCCGGGAUGGAGAUGUCGGGGCUUUGGUGUCGCUGUCAGGACAGCUUAUGACCAGGGCUCCUCUCACGACUGAGGACUCCUGCCACGGCUGGACUCCCUUACACUGGGCUGCUCAUUAUGGACAGAUGGAGUGUGUGAUGCACCUGGUGCAGAUGGGUUGUGAGGUGAAUGUGGUGACCAGUCACCUCAACCAGACACCAAUGCACACUGCAGCAUUUGGAGGACAUCCUCACUGUGUGGUGUGGCUAACUCAAGCUGGAGCGGACGUCAACGGGCAGGACAUUGUAGGUGAGGCUCCCAUCCACAAGGCGGCUCGCUCAGGUAGCCUGGAGUGUAUCCAAGUUCUGUUGGUAGCAGGAGCUAAACCACAUUUAAGGAACAACAGGGGGCAGACAGCAGCAGACCUGGCCCACACACACGGCUUCCUCGACUGUUUUAGCUUCAUCUCCAAUGCACACAAGCACCUGCUGCAGCUAGGCAAUCUCCAUAUAAAUGAUGUGCAGAAUGGAAACGCACCCUGUGGUCAGGGCCGGCUCAGCAGAAAGAGGCUGACGCCCACCAUGGACUGUGGACAUGUGAAGAAAGCAAGGAGAGCAGAGAACAUGUUGGUGCAGAUGAACGGCAGCAGUGAAGGCGAGGAGGUGGAGAGCAUGAACACAGAGUCUGCACACAAACUCCACGCAGGUGAUGACACCAACCAUCAUGACCAUCAUGACCAUCAUCACACACUGUCUCGCGCUGCCCAGGACGACCCUGAGCUGCCCAGAAGCUUCCCCUCAACACCAUCCCCUCCAGAUAAGCAGCUGCCAGCAGCAACGCCGACCCAUAACUCCUCACCCGACAUGUGUGGCUCUCUGCACCUGAGCAGGAGCCCCAGCAGCUGUGUGUCCCAGCGGCCAGGCUGGAGGGGGCUGAUGGGAGAAGACUGCAGUGACUUCCAGUAUUACGGACACUAUCACGGUUUUGGAGACACAGCAGAGGAUCUGAGUGACAGUGUCAGCGUCCAGGUGGAGCACAGAUACAAGCAGGCUGUGGCCAGUACUGUCCACCACUACCACAGCUCAUAAACACAGAUGGUUAACCUUUACAGCUGCAGGAGACAGGGAAGGGGGCUACAACAUUUUGAUUUGCUUUUUGAAUCCUAAAAGGGAAUAAUUUGCUUUAUCAACCACUCAGUCCCUAGAGAAAUGUACCAUUUUUGGUUUGUGGGGACACUGGAGCUGCUGGUCUACUGUUGCCUCAUUUG